CUCAAAAAGUUCAUUCAAACCUGUUGAACAAACUCUAACAGGUUUCCACUAUCUUCCUACAACAACAAAGCACAAGCUAAAUCAAUCAGUCAUCCUUCUUAUUUUAGUUGGUUUGGGCCAUUAGGAAUUUCAUUGAAUAGCUUCGACGUCGUGGACUGACCGCUCUCUUUCCAACAGAGCACUCAAGAGACGGACGAAGUGUAGAGUUGGAUACGGUUAUUGAACAGCAAAAUGGUUCAAUUAUUUGUGAAAAGUCUUCAUGAUAAGACUCUUGUGUUUGAUUUUCCUGCUACAACUCCCGUUUCGGAACUACGAAAACAGCUCGCAGAAAGUGAACGAGUUCCUUGUACGGACUUGAGAGUUUUUUCAAGUGUUUCAGAUUUGGCAGACGAGGAAUAUAUUGGAAGCAUUGAUAGUCAGUUUUUGUUUGCCAGUCUUCGCUUAAAGGGAGGUGCAAAAAAGAAGAGAAAGAAGUCCUUUACCAAACCCAAGAAGGUCAAGCAUAAGAAAAAGAAGGUUCCACUUGCAGUGUUGAAGUAUUAUAAAGUAUCUGAUGAUGGAAAAGUUAGUCGACUACGAAGAUCUUGUCCCAAUCCAACCUGUGGACCAGGCGUAUUCAUGGCAGCACAUCGUGGAAGGCAGUAUUGUGGCAAAUGUGGUCUUACUUAUGUUUCAGAAGGAAAGUGAUAGAGAAGCAAUGGCAAUACACUCAAAUAAAAGUAAUUCGCCACAUGGCAAACUUUCCAAAAAUAGAUCACACAUGCUGAGGUGUCGUCUGCAUUCUGUGAUUGAUCGCCUUUUAUCAAAGACACGAUUGCACUAUCUUGCGAUCCGCGGUAUAGAGAAACGAAGCACUAUUCAGAGACAAAUGGCAAACUUUCAGCUUCGUACCUGAGUUUUUGCGUUUUACUGCUUGUUAUUUGCUAAGAGCAAUAAACAAAGUUUGGUCACU